AUGGCAUUAAGUCCAAGGUACGCGCGUGUGAAGAAGACGACAACAGCAGAGGAAAGUCGAGAUGAUUUGGCACUAGUACGUCAUGGUAGUGCUACAUUCUUUCCGUCACCUCAGGCAGCUCAACGUAGCUUUACAACGGAAGAUUUACCAUCUGCCAAAUCAUUCGUGUCCGUGUCAGACGCUGCCAUGGAAACCAAGAAGCGCUCGGGCUCUGAUAUUUUUGAGAGCAGUCGAUUGGCUAUAAUGAAGGGCAUUCAAGGUGUAGGUUUUGACCGUGUUGUUGAUAAGAUGCAGAAAGCAUUUACACCCGAUGACUCGGAGCGUGUACUGCGUGCCGAGUGGCUUGUCGUGGAGACGGAAGAACAACAGCUACAACAGCUUCAGGAAGUUGUGCAUAAGCUUCAGAAGGCAUUUAAGUUUUCUAAUCGACUGCGUACAUUAGUAAAAUUGGCCAAUAGCACACUCGCCAAGUGCGACGAGCUUGUGGAGCGAAGCCAAGCGCAUUUGGAACAGUGUAACCUCAUGUUUGCUCAAUUUGCCAAUGAGAUUGCUACGCUGACUGACUACUUGAGUAAAUUGAGAGAAGCUGUGAUUCCAUCGUUGCAGACAAAAGAUAAUAUUGAGGAGAAGAGACACGCGCGACGAGCAGAGUGGGCACUUGCUCGCAUGACGCAGAGUGCGCAGGCCAUGGUGGCCGAGAUGAGCGAGAGGCUAGACGAGCUAGAUGAUCUCACUACUGAAUGCGCGAAGCUCAUGGUACAAAGUAUCACAUUGCUACAUAUGAGAGGACGCUCUGCUGAUUUUAGUGGCACAGGAGUUGCAGCUGGCGCGGCUGGUGUAGUGGCCGGAGCUGUCGUGGGUGUCGCUGGAGUGCUUGCUGCUCCAGUGACGAGUGGAUUGAGUGUGCCAAUUUCACUCGCCGGCAAGAGUUUGUUUUUGUCAGGCAUGGCGGCACUGACGCCGUCCAGCAUCAUGCUCAGUCGUCAAAGCCAACAACUCAGUGGACUGUCGCUGCUGGUAGUGAACCUCAAGUCAUGUUUAGAGAUCAUGAACCAGAAGCGGGAAGAGAUGGCUGUGGCAUUUGCAGCUGUCGAAAGUCUCGACCUCGACAUUAAGCAAGCGACAGAUUUUUGUCAGGACGCCAUCGAAUUGGAAGUCUCCAUUUAUGAGAGUUCGUGGGGUUUCAUUGAGGACAUCAGCGUAAAGCUUAUGACACUCAACCAGUCGGUCGAGAUGUUUCAGGCGUCGCCAAGCGUCUGGCAUUUUUGCAAGUCAGAAGACGCUAUGUACCAGUAUCUUCUUGCUGAAGAGGAAGAAAAUUGA